AUGGAUUCUCAGACGAUAUCCAUAUUGCUACUGGGCGAUGAGGCAGUAGGGAAGACAACGUUCCUAUCACGAAUCAGUCAGGGGCAUAGCAACCUGGUGGGCACCAGGCCGAUAAAUCUACUCAAGGACAUAGAACAGCCUUUCUUAUUCGAGGUCUCAUUCGGAGGGCGGCAAUAUCGAUUAGAGUUCUAUGAUACAUCCAGCCCCGACAACUGGCGGCUCCUCCGGCCAGACCUCAUCCUCAUCUGCUACGACAUAAGCCAGCGCCUGAGUCUCAUCAAUCUCCAGCGAGUCUGGAUCAAAGAAGUCCGCGCGACGUUCCAGUUUGAGAGCACGCUGCCCCUGGCUGUGCUCGGUCUGAAGCGGGACUUGAGGUCCGAGGAUGACCCUAACGGCAUCAUCUACCCACAGGAGGCAUAUCGGAUCGCCUCAGAGAUGAGGGUCGACAAGUACGUGGAAUGUUCCGCGGUAACAGGAGAGCUUCUCCAGCUGGCUUUUGAGGAGAUCUGCCAGAUGGCUGUCAAGACGACAAGCGAUCAAGGUGGCCAGAGCGACGGAGGGUGUUGUGUGAUGUGA